AUGCCGGUUGAAGUGUCCUUCAAGAAGAAGGCGCAAGGGGGCAGGAUGAUGCAGGUCACGGUGCUUUCCGUUGAGCACCAGAGUGAGAUGAAAGUUCUUGACUUGAAGAAGUCAGUCAUUGCAAAGAUGAAUGAGAGUGAGAACGCCCACAAUUUCCGCAUUUUCUCUGAGGGUGAGCUGGAUGUGAAGAGCGGUGUGACGCUACUCAAUGAUAGCAACCCAAUCGGUGAUGGUGAAAAGGUGGAUAUUAUUUUCCAAGAUUUGAUGUCCCGUCUCACGAGUAGUUUGAACGACUUCGCCAAAACCGACAUGGGCAAGAAGGCAGAGGAGGAGUGGCAGAAGAUUUUGAAGGACGGCAUUCCAGAGUCGCCCCGUGACCAAGGUGCUUCUUCUUCAGGUGUUCAGACUGCAGAGGGUCGCGACGGCAUUCCAGAGUCGCCCCGUGACCAAGGUGCUUCUUCUUCAGGUGUUCAGACUGCAGAGGGUCGCGCUGUCGGUCUUCGCAAAAUCAGCAUUCCAACCAUGUAUGGUUCUAUGGAAGCGGAUGCUUUCCUCAUCACCUACAUCCAGAACAAACCACAUGUCACCACCUACAACGGCGUCUAUCAGGUUUCCAAGCGCUUUGUUCAGACCCACAAUGUCGUCAUCUUAAACCAAGAUGAGGACGAGGAGCGUGUCCCUUCCGCCGAUGAGGACAUGGAGGAUGAGGUCUUUGUGGCAGAGGUGGAAAAUGUCAACCAGUCCAUCCCCGAGACCACCACGCAGGUUCCAGAUGUCAGUGUUUCAGAGAUUGCCCCUUCCACGGCUGAACCAGAUGAUGAGCCACAGGGUCAGUUUUGGAUGCUGAAGUAUGUGUUCCCAAACAAAGCGGAGAAGGAGUUUGCAAUCAACCCCAACGUGAGCAUUGCCGUCCUCAAGGAGAUCAUCAUGAAAGACGCUGGGUUCAAAAAGGAAGAUGUGAAGAAGCACACAUUCCAAAAGGGCGAGGACAUCUUGGCCAACAACCGGCAGAAGGUGAAAACCGCGCUCAAGGACGACGAUUUGGUGCUGGUGCGUUCUUCUUUGACUGGAGGAGGACGAGCAGUGAAGAAGGAUGCCAAGGAUGAGACCUUCAAGAAGUUCUUGCUUGAGGAAAAGAAGAAGGCGAUUACGGUGAGUGCUCAGAUGAUGAACCAGAUGACCUUCGGUGAUGACAUCCAGACCGUCAUGAAGGAUGUGAAGACAAAGGCGGAGAGCAUCUACAUGACCACACAGGAGAACCCGAAGUUGACAAUGGUGAAGUUGCUACGGGGCAUGAGCAGUGAUGCCUUGAAGGACUUGGUGAAUUACAACACCAACAAGUCUGACCUUCGUGCCACGGGCAUCUGCGUCAAGAUGAUGAGCGCAAACCUUGCCAACUUCGCUAAGAUGUCAAAGGACUUUGACAAUGCCAAGGAAACGGUGCUUCAGGUGUUCAACAUGGUCUUCACUGCCAAUUUCUUCAAGAACAACACCUCAUGGGAUUGGAAGAACUUUGAGAAACUUGUAGAGGUGGAGGUUGGCAUCAAGGAGACGGCCCCCACCAGCGCAUCGGCGAGUGCUCCUACCCCAGCAGUGGAGACAUUGUCGGAUACCAACAUGGGCUGA